GCCAUCUUAGUACAGGAUUUCGAUCAUAGACGUAUUCUUCCCAUGUCUUCUACUGCUUAUGCCAUAAACUAAUCUCUGGCCCGCUUGCUGACCAUUACAAAAGAUGCCAGACUUCUGUGCUGCCUUUGGAUGUUCCAAUGAAAGGAAUGAGAAAACUAAACAACAAGGAAUAACAUUUCACAGAUUUCCCAAUGACAAACUGAGGCGAAAUGCAUGGCAAGCAGCAGUGAGGAGGAAGCUGUUUGAACCAACACACCGUACAGUGCUCUGCAGUUUUCAUUUUAAACCUGAGGAUUUUGACAGGACUGGACAGACAGUUCGUAUCAGGGAAGGAGUGAUACCAUCCAUUUUUAAGUUUCCUGAUCGUCGUUCCAAAAUACCUGGUGGUAAGCCUACAUCCCGGACAAUCAGGACAUCAAACCAGGCAGCAAAAGAAAUUCCAGGUUCACAGUCAGGCACUGUCAGAGGACUUGGAGAACUUGACCUCAGUAGGCCUGAAGAGUCAGUCUCACUACCUAGUACAGCCAGGUCAAGCAGGACAUCAAAGGCAGAAGUUCCAUCUCCACAGUCCCACACAUUUGUGCGAGGACUUCGACCAGUUGACCUCAGUGAGGAGUCAAUCUUAGAUCAUGAUUAUGCCUUGGACCCAGCUAAAGCAAAACAGAAGUUAGCUGAGUAUCAGGAGGAGGUGGAGAAAUUACGACGGCACUUAAGAAAUGCCAGGGACAGGGAAAGAAGACUUAAGAAGACUGUGAAUGUGCUGUUAAAGAAUUUAAAAGGCAAAAAGAUCUUAACAAAGGCACUGCUGAAAAAUGUGAGGACUUCCUAUCAGAGAUGAGUGAAGGUGGAUGGAACAACAAUCCAAGUGUCAUGCACUUCGAGAGUGUUUUCCGGCGCAUUAUGGUCCACUAUGGUGUUGCUCCAGGAAACGCAGGCAACGUCCAAGCACAGGAUGGGCCCAGCUGUUGACAUGUCAUCUGUGGUACCAACUGAGGACAACACGUGACAUCUGUGGUACCAACAUUGCGUCCUCAAAAGUCGCUGGUGUUGUGUUAGACCAUAGAUAGCCACUUACAAACUAGCUUUGGGUGUCCAAGACCAACCAACCAACCAACCAAAACAUCUCAUGUCAUAAGGCAGCACACAUGUGAUGUAUGCCAUAGCAGUUAUUUGGUCUCUAAGGCUACCAGCAUAAUUUUGUGAUGAUGACUACCACCCGGACUGAUCCCAAGCAUAAGUACAGUAUCAACUGAGCUCUGCAUCCGAUAGGCAUCAAACAUUUAAUCAGCAGCACGUCAGUGCAUUGUGUCUCUCAGACAUGUUAGAGUUUUUAAGUGUAGGCUUUUAGCCUUUAUUCAGAUACGACAAUGAGGAGACUGACAGGAAACGGUUGUGUGAGAAAGAUGAGGUGGGAUCGGGAAGUGACUCGGGCCGGACUCAAACCCAGACCCCCUGUGGGCACUCAUGGAGAUACAUUUGCAAAUUAUUUUGCAACAAAAUAACUUCACCUCAAAAGCCACUGUGUUAUUGCCAAGUGCCUGCACGUUGUAGGCUAAUUUCCUUUAAAAAUUAAAGAUGUAUAUCAUUUUCAUCAUAAUAUGAAGGGAAAUUGCUAUCCCUUUUAAAUUGAGUUUAAUUUGUUUUCAUCUGAUUAAGCUUUGGGCGUUUUGAGCUUUGAACCUUUCAUUUGAGAGAAACUUUUUUAAUAAAACAUGCUUUAUGAAGUACCCCAUUGUAAGGGAUCUGACGUAUUUUUGUAGUAGCUCCAGAAAUAACUUCCCUAAACUGCGGAGACUAUAUGUGCAUUAACUCUAUUCUCUCUCAUUACUAUACCUCUUAAAUUAAAUCAUGUUUGUUCAGUCACCUAGUUUCAUGACAACUCUGGUCCAGCAAAGCAAUUUGAAGUGUAAACAUUUUUUUCCCCUCUCCAAUUAUCCUUGUUUAACCACAGUAUGUUUUCACUUUGAGCCACAUUUCUGCUGAAUGCUUGAGACUUACUGCUUCAUGGUGGUCUUCAUGGUGCACUAUUCAUGU